AAUUCAGAAAAGUACUACUUGCCUUUCCCAGACCAUAGUACUGUACCUUUAAUCUACUUCCAGAAAAAAAAAUACACAAAAUAAGCAAUGGAAAAUGGGGGUUGGAACUUUUUCAGUAAUAGUAUUGAAAGCUGCAGCAGCAACAAUGGUGGAAAUGGGGGACAAAAUAGUAAUUAUACUCAUGCAUGGGACUUUUGGCAACUUGGUAGUACUUCUACUAGUACUAAUUCAUCCCAGUCCCAGUUGAUUCAGUGGAAUUAUAACAACACAUUUAACCAAGAUCCAAUUACCGUUGGGCAGAAGUUUGACUACACGUGUCCGCUCAACAGUUCCGAAUUAAUAGCAAGACGAGUGAAUACAAGUAUUGUAAGCAGUAGCGAAUACUUUAUCCAAGAAGAAAGGGACCAUAAUUUGAUGUGUUUGAACCUUAACUUGGGGAAAAGGCAUUGUACUGAAAAUUAUGAGCCGCCUCAGGGUGGUGGAGAGGUGGUCGGCUUUGUUAUGAACAAGAGAGGGAAACAACAUUUCCCUGGUGGUGAUGGGGCGGCGGCGGCGGUGGAAAUACCGGUGGCGGUGGCGCCGAGGUGUCAGGUGGAGGGAUGCCAGGUGGCACUGGUGAAUGCCAAGGUUUAUCACAGACGACAUAAAGUGUGUGCAAUGCAUGCUAAGGCUCCUAAAGUUGUGGUUCUUGGCCUUGAACAACGCUUCUGUCAACAGUGUAGCAGGUUUCAUAUAGUGAGUGAGUUUGAUGAGUCAAAGAGGAGUUGCAGGAGGAGAUUAGCAGGACAUAAUGAGAGAAGAAGAAAAAGCUCUCAAGAUAAUUACACUAACACCAGAAACCCCUCUCAAGGUAAUUAUCGGAACAUAGCAGUAAAUGAAGGACGUGCUCACUCUCUUCUGUCAUCCAAGAAUGAUUCAUGGAUAUCAAAGGGCAAUCUCCCAGGAAGAUGUAGUGUCACUAUUAAUGAGCUGAUUGCUGAAAGUAGAGCAACACGUCUAGCUCAACAGCUUAUCAUUGACAAAGAUUGGCAUAGGCACCAGCAUUAUCCGGUGGAGAAUCUGAACAUCCAACUAAAAAAUGGAAGUUCAACUGAUCAUAAACGCGAACAAGUAGUCCUCAAGUCGAAUGGUUGGGGACGCGCCAAUGAUGCUGCGGGAAAUUUGACUUUGGACUUGAUGCAUGUUCGAAAUUCUGAAUUGGGGUUCUUGUCAGAACAAGAGCAACUUAAGGAGGAAGGAGAUGAAGAAGGGUGUCCAGAACAUUGGAACUCCUUUGCGGGUGCUCAUGUUGCUUGAAUAUGUUUCUUUGGGAUUUGGAAUGUUUUCUUUUAUUGAAGAUAUAAUUUAGUGAAUAAAAGUGUGCAUUUAUCUAAGGGUUGUCAAAUUGACACCCUUGCCUUCGCUGAAAAAUUAAAUUAUAUUGAUAGA